UUGGAUUCAGAAAUACCAAGUCACAAGGAAUUCUCCAAGUCACAGAUUUAAAUGCAGCCAAGAAGCUACCACAACAUGACUUUGGAAAUCCAGAUGCACAUGUUACUCCAAGUGCAGUUAGACUGGUGACUUGGCAGGAAGAGAAUGUUGAUGAUAUAAAAAUAUUUUUAAGUUUCUUGGUUUUUAUUUAUCCCAAUAAUUUCAUUUCUCAUAUAAAUAUUAUAUGGUUUACAAGUUCUAUGCAAAAAAAUCUGGUAUUUGUACUUUAAUUUUCUGUAUUUCUGACUUCUUAGAAAAAAAGACCCUGGUUAAAGAUAAAGAUCAGAGCUUUGUUAUGUUGAGACCCAAGAAGUUGGUAGGAAGCAGUGGCUCAGUUUGGGCAUCAAAUUUGAUGGGCUACAUCAACAGUAUCCUAAUAAUUUCGAGCCUGAAGUAAUGCAUGCAUUCAAAUGAGUACCUCUUAGAAUAUUAUGCCUUAAACUAAGAGAUGCGUCUCAUUAUUUUGUUGACACAACUACAGAGGACGAUAUAGCAGCUGCAAGUAGGGCACCUAAAGAGAGCCCAUUCAGAGAAUAUGAACUCUCCUGGUUGAAGUGGUUACUACUAUUGCACCAAAAAUGUGAACUUGACGAAGAACUUAUGUCACUUAUUGAUUCAGAACAGGAGAUAUUCUCUGCCAUAGAGAUGAAAACUAACAAGGUCAUCACAUCUCUGAAAGAAUUGGAAAAGUUAAUUGCUGAAUCCAAAAUGCUGGAUCCAGUCAAUCUUGCAAAGAAAUACGAAGCAAUCUGCAGUUAUCGUGAUAGCAUUAUUGAUCACAUUGACGAAAGUAAUCUUUCCAGUAGGUACAGAUACAAGACAGAGUCCACAGAUGCCGGCCCUAGUGUUGGCGUUUCAAACAUCGAAGAAAAAAUUCUAUUUUGCAGAAAUGUGUCAUUUGGAACGACCUGAUAAGCAAAUAAGGCUACACCGUGCUCCAGGCGACUCGGCGCAAAACGAAGCUGAAAGAACAAAUGCAUGCAUUGGAGAUGCUAUGGUUGACAGCGGCACUCUCAACUGGGAAAGGUAUAAGCCUUUAGAUGGAAUGUCUGCUGUGGAUAAAAAUAAGUUAACUGUUGCAAAGAUUGAAGAAGAGGAGAAAUUGUGUGCAAAGAACAAUGCAUG